GUUGUCUUUACUAAAUACAGUACAAAAGUAAUGAAAAAUAGCAUUAAUAUUCACACAAACUUCAAAAAAAAAAUUAUGGGCAAAUAUUUUGUUUAAAUAAUCCAGUCGUCUACCAGUGGCUUUAUUUACAUAAUUAUCUGUAUUUUUUUCACUCUUCUGAUGUAUUUAGUGUUAGUCUUUUUAUUUUCUGUAAAUCAGACAAUCUCUGACCAGUCAGUAAAGUCAUUUAAUCACUAAUUUAGUGGCCUAAAUUCAACAUCUUAUUUAACAUCCUUUCAUGACUGUUAGAAGAAAAGUCUGAUUAUUGCCAUGGGAGGGGGUUGUGGUAUGAAUAACAGUCUAGGCAGUAUAAACCAAAAUACCAUGUUUCAAAGAUGAAGCACUUAUUAAAAUACACUUACCAUUGCAGUACUUUCAAAAUUAGAGAUUUAGAUUGCUGGUAAGCUUCAGUGAUAUGGAGAAACACAGUAUUCAUAGAUUUGUUCUAUUUUUGUGUUAGUAACUCCAUUAGAUACUUAAUAACAUGGAAUAGAGCCUUAAUCCAUUAAAUACACUAAGCUAGAUCUCUAAAUUUUUUUGUGACAGAACAAAAUGUGGAGACUUCAGUUCUUUGAUGGGUUGAGGUACAUGAUUGCAAAUUUGCCUUUCUGUAUAAGUCAACACAAAUGCUGUAUAAAUUAAUUCAUACAAGUUCUUACUUCAGAUACACAGGAAAGAAAAGUUUCUAAGCUCUUUUAAUAUUCAAUGGCUAGACAUAACCAUAGCAGUUAAAAGUAAGGAAGUCUUAACUGUUGUCUACUGAUUGCACUUAAUUUUUUUUUUUUUUUCUUCUGGCAUAUUAGAGCCCAUUACAUUUUCAGUCACCAUUCACUUCACUUGUGUUAGACUGAAGUGGAGUGCUUGCAGGAUUUACUUCCUUAGCUGCUUUCCCAGCUUCAGUAUGAUGGUUUGGUUGCUUUGACACCAAAGGUCUUAGUUGGUCAUACUUGCUCUGCAUAAUUGUAAAGAACGAUAUAGUAGCCAUGUGCCUUUCUACCAAGACUGCCAGAGGGUAGAUCUACUUAUCAGUAGAAGUCAGAUUCAGUAGAUCUGUAAUUAGCUUCUCUACUGUUGGGGUGGGAGAGAGAUUUUUUGCAUUAUCAGCUCCUGUAAUUCCACUUGAUCCAGCACCAUUUUUUUCACAAACACACUGCUCUGGACAGGAUUUCUGUACUCCAUAUGUUUCUAGUUUUCCAUUUGUAGUGGAAAUGCAGAGUCACAGCCUGAAGCAGUGAUUGAGCACCUGGUGGGAAGGCAGGGCCAACCCAGAGGAGCUCAGGUGCUUGCAGUGUACCUAAGUGACUGGAAGGGGUGGAGCCAGGAUCCAUCCCUUGCCAGACCUCACUUAAGGGUUGGCAGUGGAGAUGAAGUCAUCUCUUGCCAGAGAUCCCUGCCUGCUUGAGGCCUUCCAAAGGCAAUUAACCAGAGGCUUACCCCAACCCAGAAAUUUACACCAAAAGACUUAAUUGCUGCAAUGAAAGCCCUAAAUGUGGAGCUCGGAUUAAUUAUCGAUUUAACAUACACCACACGAUACUAUGAAGUUAAGGAUUUACCUAGAAGUGUGCAGUAUAAGAAACUUUAUACUGUUGGACUUGAAGUUCCUGAUAAUGCUACUAUUCUACAAUUCAAGAAAUGGGUCCGAAAAUUCCUAUGGGAAAAUGCAAGAAAUGAAAAACUCAUUGGUGUCCACUGUACUAAUGGAAUUAAUAGAACUGGCUACCUUAUAUGUAGAUAUCUUAUAGACGUUGAAGGCUGGGAUCCAGAGGCAGCAAUCCAAGCUUUUGGUGAUGCUAGGGGUCAUUGCAUGGAUGGUCUUGUAUACCUCACAGAUCUCAGAACACAACCAAUGAGAAGUAACCUUGGAAUGGAUGUAUGGGAUUCAGAUGAAGAUAUUGUUCCCCCUCCAAAUGCAGCAGAAGGACCUGUGGAACAAUUCCCUAAUGAAGAUUUUCAGGGGUCUGGGAAAAGAUUAAGAGUUUAUGAUGACAACUCUCAUAAUAAUUUGCAAGGACAAACACAACUGAGAGAUUUUGAUUUCAUUAAUAAGGGACCUGGACGAAGACGAAGACCAUUUAAUGACCAUCAGACUCAGGAUAACUUGCGAGCACCAAUGCAGAUGAGAAAUUGGGACUACAAUAGGGGACCAGGGCAGAGGCAAAGACCAUUUCCUGAUCACCAGUUUUAUGAUGAUUACCAAGAAGACACACAGCUGAAAGACUUCAGUAACAAGGGACCUGGACAACAGCUGAGACCUUUUUAUGGAUGCCAGUUUCGUGGUGAUUUACAGACAAAGAGACUAUCAAGGAACUUUGAAUUUAACAAAGGCCAUGGGCAAAGGCAGAGAUCUUUUCCUGACUGUCCAUCCCACAAUGAUUCACAGGAAGAUAUGAAGUCAAAGGAUUUUGAUUUUGGUAGCAGGGGCCGUGGCCAGAGGCAAAGGCUGUUCCACAAUCAUCCAUCUCGUGAUCAAUUUCAGACUCCAGUGCAGUCAGAAGAGUCAGAUUGUGUCAAAAAAGGUCCUGGCCAAAGACUGAGACCAUUCCACGACUAUCAGUCACAGCCCCAGAUGCAACUGGAAGAUUUUGAAUUUGUUAACAGGGGCCGUGGGCAGAGAUCGAGACCUUUCCAUGAUCACCAACCUCACAAUGCUCACAAUGACUUACAAACAGAGGUGCAGCUCAAAGAUUAUGAUAAUAAAGGUCCUGGGCAAAGGCGCAGACCUUUUCACGACCAUCAGCCUUAUGAUGACUUACAGGAGCAGCCUCAGUUAAAAGACUUGGAUUAUGUUAAUAGAGGGCAAGGACAAAAAAGGUCAAGACCCCUCCGUGAUCAUCCUGUUCAAGAUGACCUGCCACAUGAAUGGUGUUCAGACAGAAAUCAACCUUUUUCUUCCCAUGAAAAUGUAUCAGAACCUCAGUUCUCCUCAUCUCCUUCGCUUCUCAGAGAUUAUGGAUCUGAUAAGGAUGACUUCAACAGAAGCUAUAGUAAUCGAGCAAGCUGUCCUGAAGACAAUAGGAGAGUGCAUCCUUCAGAUGAAUUUAGCAGAGGAAAAAGCAGAUUUGCACAAUAUUCUUCAUGUACAAUGCAUCCAUCCUCAUCUGUACACCAGGAAGAUAGUUCAUUAGACUGUGAAAUAAAAACUUUUGAAGCUGAAACUACUAGAGAAAUGGAACAAGGCAAAAGAUUACCAGUGGUAACAGUUGAUUACAAUUAUGGUCUGCCAUUAGAUUAUGGACCUGAAGAGGAGGAGAGAACACCUUAUGAUAUACCUCCAAGAGACUAUUACAGCUGGAACUGAAUUAAAGAAAGGCACUGUUUCCUCAGCUUAAGCUUGCAUCAAUCAGUUUUACUUUGUAUGUGGGCUUUGGUUGGUUUUGGUUUUUUUUACAUGUUAGGGAAAUGCAAACUCCAGUAGUAGAGAACUGAUCUCUAUUGUAAGAUUUGUUUCUACUUCUAUAUUUAUUAGGGUAUUUGUUAAGUGUAGUUGGAGACAAGGUCUUGGUAUACAUGGGAUGAAAGUAGUCAUUCCUCUUGGCAAAAUUGAAGCCAUGUACUCUAAACUAUACAACUUUCUGAGUGAUAACUGUCUUUUGUUUUACAUUUAUUUAUAAUGUAUGUAAUAGUAGGAUGCUAAAGUCAUAACAAAAUAUUGCACUGUCAGAUAAACUACCAUUAAGGUUAUAGAAAAAGCACUAUGAAAUGAAUGAAAUAAAUUUAUGUCAAAUUCAUCUUUUAAUAA